UCGAUUCCUCGCCGGCCGCCGCCUCUUCCUCGACCCCGAGCGCCGCCGGGGUCGUCGCCUUCGCCUGGCGAGAGAGCUUGUCUUGGAGCUGCGAUGGUGGUGAUCGAGCAGGAGGCGGAGGCCGAGGAGACGACGGCGCGGCCCUCGUCGUCGGUGGAGGCGGAGGCCGGGGAGGUGGCGAGCGCGGGUGCGGCCGGAGGGGAGGCGGCGAGGCCGGAGGAAGACGAGGAGGCCUUCGAGGACGCGCUGACCGACGAGCAGCUCCGGGAGAAAGCUAGAAGCCAAGCAAAUGAUGCAAAGGCAGAAGGGAACAAGUUUUUUGGUGCUGCAGAAUAUGAGAGUGCAUUGUCACAAUAUGAGAUAGCUUUGCAAAUUGCUGCUGAGCUGGAAUCUGCUGAAGAUAUACGCUCCGCAUGUCAUUCAAAUCGUGCUGUAUGCUUCUUGAAGUUGGGCAAAUAUGAUGAAACAAUCAAAGAAUGCACCAAAGCACUUGAGCUGAAUCCUUCAUACUUAAAAGCCUUGCUCCGGAGGGGAGAAGCACAUGAAAAGCUUGAACACUAUGAUGAAGCUAUUGCUGAUAUGAAAAAAGUUAUUGAGUUGGAACCUUCAAAUGAACAAGCUAAGAGAUCACUGUUCCGACUUGAACCACUGGCAGCUGAGAAAAGGGAAAAAAUGAAGGAAGAGAUGAUUGGAAAGCUAAAAGAUUUGGGUAACUCUGUGCUUGGGCGCUUUGGGAUGAGCGUUGACAACUUCAAAGCUGUUAAAGAUCCAAACACAGGCUCGUACUCCAUUUCGUUCCAGCAGUGACAUGGUUGUAACAUGUUAUUCAAAUUAAUAUAUGGACAAGUACACAUGUAGUCAAUGUACAUCCUGGAAUUGCUCGUGUCAUUUGGUUCAAGCCGUCAAGCCCCCUUUACCAUCAACUACGAUCCCGCAGUUCAAUCUGAAGAUGGUGCAUGAACGUUUGCAGUCUGGGUUCGCUGCCUUUGAUC